AUGGCCAGUGCCGACACUACGCAGUUUCUAAAACUAUCCAGUGCCGUUUUUUACGGCCUGUCAUCGUUCCUGAUUACCGUAAUCAAUAAGACCGUACUGACCAGCUACCGAUUUCCGUCGUUUCUCGUACUCAGCCUCGGUCAACUGACUGCCAGCAUCGUCGUGCUAUUUGUGGCCAAACGGUUGCAGCUGGUCAAAUUUCCCGAUUUUAGUCGAGAUAUACCUAGGCGAAUAUUCCCAUUGCCACUAAUCUAUCUUGGCAACAUGAUGUUUGGGUUGGGUGGCACCCAAGCCUUGAGCCUACCGAUGUUUGCCGCACUACGAAGGUUUUCUAUUCUACUGACUAUGCUGCUGGAGUUGCUAGUGCUCGGUAUACGACCCACGCUUGCCGUGAAAGUAAGCGUAUUUGCCAUGGUCGGAGGUGCACUGAUGGCCGCUCUGGACGACCUUUCCUUCAAUCUGCAGGGCUACAUGUACGUGAUGAUAACAAACACACUUACGGCAGCGAACGGAGUCUACAUGAAGAAGAAGCUGGAUACAGCGGACAUGGGAAAGUACGGAUUAAUGUACUACAACUCCCUAUUUAUGAUACUACCAGCAUUGGUCGGAACCUGGCUAGCCGGUGACAUCGAUCGUGCAUGGCAAUAUGAAGGAUGGAACGAUCCGUUCUUUGCCACCCAGUUUCUACUAUCCUGCGUGAUGGGUUUCAUCUUGUCGUACAGUGUCAUACUCUGCACGCAGCACAACUCGGCCCUUACAACCACUAUCGUUGGGUGCCUGAAGAACAUCAGCGUCACCUACAUCGGCAUGUUCAUCGGGGGCGAUUAUGUGUUUUCUUUGCUUAAUGCGCUGGGCAUUAACAUCAGCGUGGCCGGCAGCUUGCUGUAUACGUACGUUACCUUUCGCAAGAAGCCGACCAGUUCCGGUGGUGGAGGAGAUUCGGCUUCGUCGGAUAAAAAGCUGCUUCUACCCUCAGCCGGAAGAAUCGAUAACGUGUGA